AUGUGUUAUCCAGAGGGCUCAGUUCAACAUGCUGUUAAUGCCUGUCCCAUGUGCAAGGUCUUUCCUCAUCCUGCCAGAUGCCCUCAUUUGAGAGAAGUCUGUCGGAAUCGUUCUUUACAUCCUCGAGCCGAUUACCUCUUUCUUACCAAUGCGGAAGUGGAGACAUUCAACGGUUGUGGGUUCUGCAAGUGGGCCCGCAGUGAUCCGCCUGCGAAAGCCUCUGGAAUGAAUAAUCCAGGUUGGCCAGGUUGCUGUCGCCCUCCUGCAUCAAAUGAAUAUCGCAUGAUACCAGCUGCGGACUGGCGAUCGGUCAGCAUAGUCCACAGCGUUUCCCUUCCUCCAGAAAUCAAGUCAGCCUUGGAUAUUCUUUCACCGCCCACCCCCAGAGUCCCGUUCACUACAUCGUCAUCCUCACUGUCUCUUAGGAACCCCUUCUCCAAAUCCGCAAUGCCACCACUGGAUCGAAGGAGUAGUGGUAGUCCACCAUCAAAGUCCAUCGCGGCUUCCAAGUCCUCAGCCGCCGUUUCCACGUCGCCUAAGACUCGUUCUGGCGGCAGUCCGAAGCAAUCUGCAGCUUCACUGUCAGGAAGCAUGUCAAGGGCUACAGGCUCAGUUGCAUCGACGUCUCUUGAUCAAUCCAGUCGACGUACUGGUGGCACAGAUGCGUCUGAGAAAUCCGGUUCACGUUCUGCUCAUUCUUCACCCAAUCGUAAACAACUCGAUCUGGACAACCAGGUCAGCCCCCGGCGUAAUUCCGGCGGGCGAACAUCGACCUCAAUCACUACUUCUCCAACGUCUACAGCAGGAAAAACUGUGGGAGAACGCUCUUCGGCAUCCGAUAGACGCCGUGCCACGAUCUCCGCAACUAAUCCUCCCAACUCCUCACCUUCCAUUCGCAAUACGACAACGACCGCUUCUUUCACUUCACCGAGAUCUUCUCAGAAGGACGCGGGUAACAUGUCCAGCGGUUCCAGCAACAACGGAAGUGAUGACCGUUCAUCUGAUUCGAUGUCGGAUAAUACAAUCACUUCUGAUGGAGGUUUUACUGAUUACUUGUCGGAUGAAUCCGAAGCAGAGCUUCAGAGACAAGCAGAGGCUAAAGCGGCGUUACUGGCACAAAAUCAGGCCGAAGAAUUGGAAUUCAAAGCCGCUCGGCAACGGCUUGCUCACGUUGACCUGAACCCCCCAAAGUCUUGGAACCCCACCAAUAUCACGAACAACACUAACGUACCACGACUGGCGCAAACAGGAAAAGUUUGA